AUGGCAGACACGCAGCGAAAUGCCACAGAGAGCGCAGCGUCCGAUUCCUACGCAGGUGGCUCAACUCGGACCCCGACCAGUAAUGCAGAUGCACAGCUCAACGUGUCGGGUCUCGAACAGUCAGACUCGCAAGCGGAGGUGCGAUCACCAUGGAGAGAAGUCAGACUAUUUUUGCCUCCCGAUACCGCUGGACCUUCAAGUGAGUCCAGAGUCGCACAGCACGCGCGCCGCUGCUAGUCCUUGUGCCGUAUGCGGGCCGGGCCUCUUGUUCGCAUCGGCAGACCUCACUCCGCCUCUGCCUCUUUGCUCCUUCACCCUAAUCUCCUCGGUCGCCUUCUCUGAAGCCGCAAGCCGAAUAGCAUCUUCGGACUCUGACCCCAAACCUACUGCCGCUGAGCUCAAAGCUGCAUUUGGAGGCGCAUUGUUAGGCCGCAAUGGACCGGACGCUCCGCUGAUGACUAAAGCGAUGAGGGAGAAGGAGGAUGUCAAGCAGGGAAGGGUCAAGAAGCAGUACACUGAUGUGAGUUUCGUGGGCGGAAAGUGUUGCGUAUGAUGUGGGCUAUGGGCAGCACAGAUGGGCAAGUCUAUGAGGACGGCGCAGCACCGAGGAUCUCUAUCUGAAUGCACUCUCGAUGCGCAAUCACCACAGGUGAGGAUACGAAUCAGAUUCCCAUCCAGACAUCAAUUGGAAGCCGUCUUCCCCAUCGAAGCCACAAUCAGCGUCGCCUACGAUUUCGUGCGCUCCCAUCUCAAUGCUCAAGCGCAGAAAGCGUCAUUCAUCUUGUACCAAACACCGCCGAAGAGGGAUUUGGGAGAAAAGGAUGUCAAGUUGAAAGGGAAAACUUUUGGGGAGAUGGGAUUUGCGCCUCAGGCAGUGCUGAUGCUGAGGUGGGAAAAGGCGGAUUGGAACAGUGAGUCGGACUAGCGGACCAUUGAUUGGAGGUGUGAAGCGCAUGCGAGAGGAUGCGCUUGUUUUGAACAGGCCUCUCUCAUGCCAUUUCCCUGACUCAUGUUUCGACGUGACCGGCGACAAUUUUCGCUCUUCGUGCAUCCAGCCUCGACAUCACAAGCAUACCUGUCCAAUGCGCUGCUGCAACAGGCAAGCCCUCUGCCUGCGCCGCAUUCCUUCGAGCAACAAGUCAACUCUCCUCAUGCAGCUCAGGCCAGUCAACAACCGACCGAAGAAAAAGCAACGGGCGAGAAAAAGAUGCCAAAGUGGCUCAAAGGAUUGCAGAGUGAGUAUGAGAGUGUGCUCACCUUCCAAAUCGCUCUCGUUGUCAGAUCCUCGAGCUGAUGCUGACUCGUGCACCAUUCUUUACAGAAAAGUGA